AUGGGAAGUCCUUCUUUCCUCAGAGACCAGCUCACGCAGACAGGUUUGAACCAGAUCUCAGCUAUGGGUGUUGCCACACAAGUCAAAACCACCAAACACUCCUCAGGAAACCAGCUCCAUGCAUGUUUGAUUGAUUUUUGGUGUAGAUCAGUUGAGCCUGAUGAUAACGUCCAGUCGGCUGAAGUUGAGGGGUCUCCAGUCACUCUGAAGGGGUUUUUAGGCUUUGAGCCGUUCGGUGAACACGCUGUCAAUGCCAGCUGGGUGGCAGUACAGGAGCUGGAGAAACUGGGUUUGGGUCACGAUAUAAACCUUCACGUUGCUGAAGUUCCUGUGGAGUAUCAGGCGGUCCAGAGUCUUCUGCCGUCUCUAUGGAAACAGCAGCUUCCUCAAUUAGUGGUCCAUGUUGGAGUGUCCGGGAUGGCCACGACAGUAACGCUUGAACAGUGUGGUCAUAACCAGGGUUACAUGCGCCUGGAUAACUGCAGCUUCUGUCCGGAGUCACGCUGCUGUAUGGAGGGAGGACCCAACUGCAUUCAGUCUGUCAUAGACAUGGACGCCGUCUGCAAGAGAGUCAACUCCUCCGGGCUCGGCGUCUCUGUGUCUGUGUCAAAGGACGCCGGCAGGUAUCUGUGUGACUACACCUACUACAUGUCUCUGUUUCUGGGCGAGGGCAGGUCUGCGUUUGUGCAUGUUCCUCCUCUAGGGAAGCCCUACAGCGCGGAGCAGCUCGCUCAGGCCCUCAGGGCCGUCAUCCUGGAGAUGCUUGAACUGAUGGAGCACAACAAGGGAAAGAAACUCUGUCUGCACGACCAAUGAGAGCACAGGCCAAGUCUCGUACGCACAUAUGGAGCGUCGCUUUGGAUUCAAGAGUUCAUGCACAUUUGAAGACAUCAGUGUCUUAACUUGUGUGCUGCAUACUAGGAUCAGUCAGCUGGUUUGAGAUGCUAAACUCAAUCCUACGGCUGCGUUCAAAUAGUCAAGAAAGCACUUUAAUGGGGUGUACUUGAAACAUGCAGAGAUUUGGUAUUAUGCAUAAAAAAGACUUGGAAGUGAUGUGAAAACACUACGUAUACAUGGAGCUCUUUAAACAAAAAUGAUUUUUUUUUAAACAGUCAAGGCAGAAUUUCUAAAAUCAUUAUUCACCAGAUUAAGUAUGUCUGUAGUAUAAAAUCAUUUAAACCAGGGUUAUUAUAAUUAAUAAAUUUUUAAUGAUACAUUUUUCUCACCAUGAAAAUAGCCGUAGAAUCUGGCAUGGCAUUAAACACAAACAAAACUAAAACUUAAAUGAGUUAAACAGUUUGUUACUUGAAAUGAAAUAAACGU